AUGAGCUCGGACAGCACGAUCCAGGCCGCAGAUGCAGCCUUGGAGCCGGCCGCGCUGAAGCAGGAGCCGCAGGCCGAGGCCGAGGGCAAGCCCGCACCGGCGCCGCUGCCCGAGGAGACGCGCACCAAGCUCGAGACGGCCCUGGUCGUCGGCGCGCUGGCGAGCGCCCUCUUCCUCGCCGCCCUCGACGUCACCAUCGUGACUGUCGCCAUACCCACCAUCUCCCAGGAGUUCAACAGCACGAGCGGAUACACGUGGAUCGGCUCGGCUUACACAUUGACCAGCGCCGCCGCCGCGCCCAUCUGGGGCAAGAUCUCAGACAUUUGGGGCCGCAAACCAAUCAUAAUCCUCGCCGUCGCCGUCUUCUGGAUCGGCUCGCUCAUCUCCGCCAUAAGCAAGAACAUUGGCGUGCUGAUUGGCGGGCGCGCCCUCCAAGGCAUUGGCGGCGGCGGCAUCACCAUCCUGGUCAACAUCUGCAUCAGCGACCUGUUCUCGAUGCGGCUGCGCGGCGUCUUUUUUGGCGUCAUGGGCAUGGUCUGGGCCGUUGCCGGCGCGAUUGGCCCCGUGCUCGGCGGCGUCUUCACGUCCCAGGUGACGUGGCGAUGGUGUUUCUACAUCAACCUGCCCAUCUCCGGCGCCGGCAUGGCCAUCCUUGUCUUCGUGCUCAAGCUGCACAACCCGCGGACGCCGAUGCGCCAGGGUCUUGCCGCGGUCGACUGGCUGGGAUCCCUUGCCAUCAUCGGCGGGACGCUGAUGGUCCUGCUCGGCCUCGAGUUCGGCGGAGUGACGAACCCCUGGGACUCGGUCACUGUCAUAGCUUUGAUCGUUUUUGGAGCCGUCACCAUCGCCCUCUUUAUCGUCAUCGAGAUGAAGGUGGCCAAGUUUCCUGUCAUUCCGAUGCGCCUCUUCCGGUCGCGCGGCAGCAUCGUCUCGCUCCUCGUCUGCGCCGUUCACGGCUACGUCUUCGUCUCUGGUAGUUAUUACCUCCCGCUCUACUUCCAGGCCGUCAUCGGGCUGUCGCCGUUGCUGUCGGGCGUAUACGCGCUCCCCUUCGCGCUCGCGCUAUCCCUGUGCUCGGCAGGGACUGGCAUCUUCAUCAAGAAGACGGGCAAGUAUCUACCGUGCAUCAUCUUUGGCAUGGCGACCAUGACGCUCGGGUUUGGCCUCUUGGUCGACCUUGAGCCCCGGACCAACCUGGUCAAGAUCAUCCUGUACCAGAUCGUUGCUGGCGUUGGCGUUGGACCCAAUUUCCAGGCCCCACUCAUCUCGCUGCAGAGCACCGUCGGGCCGCGCGACAUGGCUUCGGCGACGGGCACGUUUGGGUUUGUGCGGCAGCUGGCCAUUUCCGUGUCGAUUGUCGUUGGCGGCGUCGUCUUUCAGAACAGCAUGCAGAAGCAGUACCCGGAGCUGCUCGCCGAGCUCGGACCCGGCCCGGCCGAUCUGCUUUCCGGCCGCAACGCCGCGUCGAGCGUGGGCCUGGUUAACGAGUUGCCCGAGCACCAGCGCGACAUUGCGCGCGGCGCCUACUUUGAGAGCUUGCGCACCAUGUACAUCAUGUAUGUCGCCUUUGCGGGCCUCGGGCUGCUGGUCUCUCUGUUUGUCGGGUCUCGCAAGUUGAGCAAGGUGCACGAGGAGCACAAGACGGGGCUGGCCGCCAUGAUGGAAGCCAACGAGGCGGAUGCCGCGGCGAGGGGGGGCGCCACAACUGACGAGGAGAAGGGAGAGCCUGCGGGUACUGUCGGCGUUGGGAGCGGGAGCGGGAGCGGGAGCGGUAGCGGUAGCGAUCAGGCCCAGGGGCCCAAAAAAUCUCGGUUUUGGAAAAAGCCUGCAUUCAUGUUUGAGUAG